AUGGAAAUUGCAAAAUUAGCUCUCUCUCCUAAUUUAAGUGAUAAAAUAAUGUUUGUAAACCAAUUAGGAGAACUCACUUCUAAGUUUGACGAAGAGUUUAUCAAUAAACAGCUCUUACCUUUUCUGAUUAACUGGUAUAAUUCAAAUCAGAUCGAAAUCGGUCGAGUUUUAUCAACAAAGCUCUCGUAUUUAGUAUUCGAUGCUGUUUCAAAAGCUGCACUGACAACUCUCAUUUGUGUAUUGGCUCUUUCAGAUGAUCGUAUUAUUCGAACAAACAUCAUAAACUUCUUUUCAACACAUAAAAACAAACAGCUUUUACUAUCUUUGUGCGGCCGCUUAUCGAAAUCCAAUUAUGAUAGUGUGAGAUGCCUUGUUCCAAAACUCAUUACAUCUCUUACAAGUACUGAAAACCAGAAGAAGCUAGUUGAGGUAUUAUCUGAAGACAAAUCAUACUGCGUCAAAGAAACGCUAGUGAAGAUGAUUCCUAAAUUCUCAGAAACCCUUCAAUUAUUUACUAUCCAAAAAAUGUUAAAAUGCAAAGAACCAAAGCUAAGACAAAUAUUGGCUCUUGUUACAAAAGAUACAAAACACUUUAAUACAGAAGUUUUCCCAGCCCUUAUCAAAGAUUCAGAUUGGUACGUACAGGCAUCAAUUUUAAAGGCAGCUGGUGAAACAAAAGAUCCAGCAGGUUUGAUUAAAGAUAUAAUCGAGCAAUACACUGGAAAUUGGGAAAUUAAGGUUAGCGUUAUCAAGUCGUUAACUGCAAUAUUGAAAGCGUUUCCUGAUACAAAGUUUGAAGAAGAAAAAGAUAUAUAUGAGCUUUUUAAGGUCGCUUUCCCUGAAAUGAUUGAAUCUUAUCUUGGUCAAGUCGUGAUCAACCUUUUAUUAGAAUUGAUCAAAAGGAAGUUCUUUGCUGCAGAUUCUAAUGAGUUCAGAAACAUAAUUUUGAGUAUUUUUAACUCAAAUUACCAAAAUAAUUGGGGAUACUUCCUUAAUCAGACAAUUUCACGCACAGACUUCAAUUUCGUUGAGUUUGUCAUGGAAAUUCAUAUCCAACUCGCCGUGAAAUGUCUCCAAUCCCAUGAUUGGCGCCAAAGAGCCAAAUUGAUGGAAACUUUCGAAGGAAUGUACAAGAAAAUCGAAACAGAAAACACACAUCAAUACAUUAUCAACCUUGCUCUAUCAGCCUGCCAAGAUACUACACAGCCAGUCAGAGUUGCAGCAUCAAAUUUCCUCGUAAAAAUCGCUGAGAACAAUUUCGAGGAAUUAUCAAAGAUGUUUUCACUUUUAAUCGACUCUGACAACUUCAGGAACAGACAGGUUGGAUUCAUGAUCGCGUUGGGACUUCUUCAGAACUCUAAAAACGAAGAAAUCAUUAAUUUCGCGAAAGUAUCUGUCGAGAAACUUAAGAAUGAUCCACAGGAAACUGUUAGGAAUAUUCAAUUACUUUAUGAUGACAUGAAUGGUCAUUGA